CAUCUGAUGUCUGCAUGCCUCUUUAAAACGACCCGGAUUUGCCCUCAAAUCUCUGAGGUGCUCCUCUUGAAGACUGACGUCAAGAGCCUUAGUGCUAGUAAUCUCAGCUUUUGGAUCCCGUUAGUCUUUUUUUAUUGUUUUUAAUUUUUGUUAACUUGUUGGUGCAAUUCAGAGGAAAAGUGGGGUAAAGGAAACAGUUACUGUAUAGCUUGUGGUUCAGAGCUAAUAAACAAUUCACGGUCGAUGGAUCGCAGAAAAGACAGAACAGCAGUACUGUGCAUUGUUGGGUUAAGUUUUAUUAUUUUUGGUUUUAUACGUUUAGUUUAUAGCAUCUUCUCGCACCUUUCAAGAAACAGAGUUCGAAUCCGUCGAGCAGCAGGGGAAAAUGAGUCUGAUUGUGUAGUCCCGGUAUCAUCAGAGUUUCCAGAGGGAUUUUUUACUGAACAAGAAAGAAAAGAAGGUGGGAUUAUAAUCUACUUCAUAAUUAUCUUUUAUAUGCUGCUGGCCGUAUCGAUUGUGUGCGACAACUAUUUUAUACCCUCACUGGAAGUGAUCAGUGACAGUCUCGGUCUCUCUCAGGAUGUUGCUGGGGCGACCUUUAUGGCAGCUGGAAGUUCAGCUCCUGAAUUAGUCACCGCUUUCUUAGGUGUUUUUGUAACAAAAGGAGAUAUUGGAGUCAGCACAAUAGUUGGUUCUGCUGUGUACAAUCUUCUUGGCAUCUCUGCAGCCUGUGGGCUGUUAUCUGUCACUGUUUGCAACUUGACUUGUUGGCCGCUGUUCAGAGAUUGUGUAGCCUAUGCAAUCAGUGUAGCAGCUGUGAUUGCAAUUAUAUCUGACAACACAGUUCACUGGUAUGAAGCUGCUUCAUUACUCUUCGUAUACGCUGUUUACAUAGUGGUGCUAUGCUUUGAUAUUCGCAUCAGCCAAUAUUUCAUGCAGAAGUUCAGCCCUUGCUGUGCUUGCAUAGCAAAUGCAUUGGAGAACUCAGAACAGCAACCACUGGUGGAAUGGAAAGAGCGCCCUGGAUCCUUGCUUCCACGACAUUCUAGAAAUGAUAGUGGAAUUUUCCAUGAAGACUCCUACACCCAGCUUUCUAUUAGUUUACAUGGGCUUACAGAUAUUUCUAAAGAACAACCAAGCGUUUUUGCAAUGCCAGAAGAAGACUUCAAGCGCAUAAUCUGGGUACUGUCGCUACCAAUCAUUGUACUUCUGUUUCUAACUGUGCCGGAUUGCCAAAGACCAAGAUGGAAAAAGUGGUUCAUGCUGAGCUUCUUAAUGUCUGCAGUUUGGAUUUCUGCUUUUACAUAUGUUCUGGUCUGGAUGGUAACAGUAGUCGGGGAGACUUUAAAGAUUCCAGAUACUGUGAUGGGGCUUACUCUGUUGGCUGCAGGAACAAGCAUACCAGACACAGUGGCAAGCGUCUUCGUUGCCAGGGAAGGAAAAGGUGACAUGGCGAUGUCUAACAUUGUUGGAUCGAAUGUGUUCGACAUGCUGUGCCUUGGCUUGCCGUGGUUUAUUAGAACUGCCUUUGUGAACACAUCUUCACCUGUAGAAGUGAACAGUGCUGGACUGACAUAUACAGCUGCAUCUCUUCUUCUCUCCAUUGUUUUCAUUUUCUUUGCCAUUCACUUUAAUGGGUGGAAACUUGAUAAGAAGCUUGGGGCAGUAUGCCUUGUUGUUUAUUUAAUAUUUGCUACUUUAUCAGUUCUAUAUGAACUCGGGAUUAUUGGUAAUAAUCCAGUGAAAGCAUGUGGUGAUUAAUUCCAAAAAAGUGACAGCAAUAUGUCUAGAAAAUGACCUGCACAGCUAUUUAACUGUAAAAUGCAGUGAGCAUCUGAAUGCAUGUUUUAAUUCCCUUAUGUUGUAUCAUAUCUCUGUAUGCUGCUGUUGAAAUGGUGCUUGAAGCUGCAUAUAGCAUCUGUCUACCUGGCAGAGGCUGAGCACAUCAAAGAUCAAACAGCUGUGCAGUAAUUGGUUUUAUAGAAUUUAGCAUAGUCUAUGAAAAAUCUUUGACUGCACGUGACUGUAAAGCAGGCAGACAAAUACACUUAACUUUAAGAGGUAGCCAUAUACUUGUGUGUAUUCAGUUGCUGUGCCAUAUAACCACAGACUGUGUGUUGUACAAUUGUCAUCUCCGUUUUGGAUUCUGAUACAUGAACUUUUUGUAGGAUCAUACAUCAUUAAACAGCAUAAAAUAA